GUUCCCUUGUCUUUUAUUUUGAAAAGUGUGCGACGGAAGUAGUGCGCUGACUCCAGCUGCACGCGGAAGUUUGGCUACGUGCCUUCAUAUAAGGAUGGACUGGAAAGAAGACGAAAACGGGCACAGCCACAUGCAUGACAGCUGUCACCACGGCCACGAUGGCCACACUCAUAGCCACGGGCCGAGAGCAGCAGCGUUUGCCGGGAUGGGUAACCUGUACACGCCUGCCUAUGGGCACUCGGACAAAAGCAUGGAUCAGAUGAUGGAUGUUGUUCAGCAGCCCAAAAAGCGGUCACACAUGGAUGACAGCAGCAGUUGGGAUAUCGUGAAGGCUACACAGUUUGGGAUUCUGGAGCGCUGUAAGGAGCUAGUGGAAGCAGGAUAUGACAUCAGGCAACCAGACAAGGAAAAUGUCACCCUGCUGCACUGGGCGGCUAUCAACAACCGCUCUGAGUUGGUCAAAUACUAUAUUUCCAAAGGGGCGAUCAUUGAUCAGCUCGGUGGAGAUCUCAACUCCACUCCUCUUCACUGGGCCAUAAGGCAGGGCCACCUCCCCAUGGUGAUCCAGCUGAUGAGAUAUGGAGCCGAUCCAUCCAUCUCAGACGGAGAGGGUUACCGUGGUCUCCACCUGGCCAUCCUCUUCCAGCACAUGGCUAUCGCCGCUUACCUCAUGGCUAAGGGACAGGAGGUCGAUGGGCCGGACUGUAACGGACAGACUCCGCUGAUGUUGGCAGCCCAGAAGAUUAUUGGGCCUGAACCCACACACUUUCUCAUCAAGAACAAUGCCUCAGUGAGCGCUGUGGACAAGGUGAACAGGAACACGCCCCUGCAUUGCGCAGUUCUGGCGGGAAAUGUGGAUGCUGCCCACGUGCUGCUGGAGGCUGGAGCGAGCGUGGAAGCAGAAAACAUAAACGGUCACACGCCCAUUGACCUGGCCCACCAAGUGCACAGCCCGCUGCUGAUCCACGUACUCAACCACGUGAAACAGGAGAGGAUUCAGUCUAAUUCCCGCUGUGCGCGGAUAGUCAACAGAUACAGGGCUUUCCUGCACCUCUUGUACUGCAUCGCUGUGUUUGGAGGCGUUGGCGCCAUCUUUGAUUUGAACUCGGAGUCCUGGUUGCUCAAAGCAAUCCUGUUGGCCUGUGUCAUUGGAGUAACCCAGCUGGUCUCGAGGACUUUCCAGAAUUCCAACUUCCAGUCUCUGCUACCAGCUUCAGCUCUGAUGGCUUCAGUUUUCUGGAUGCUGGUCACCUGGUUCCUCUGGUUUCUGCCAGAUGGGCUGAGCAGCACGGUUCAGAUUCUCUUCACUCUGAGUGCAACAGCGCUGCUCUACUACUACAUCCGGACCUGCAGGACCGACCCUGGUUUCAUCAGAACUACAGAGGAGAAGAAGAAGAUGAACGUGGUGGUGUUGGCUGAGGCGGGCUUUUUGGAUCCAAGGAUAUUUUGCACCUCUUGUAUGGUGCGGAAGCCGGUGAGGGCCAACCACUGUUUCAGCUGUGACGCCUGCGUGGCCAAACAGGACCACCACUCUGUGUGGGUCAACAACUGUAUCGGUGCGAGGAACCACCAUUUCUUCGUCCUGUUUCUGCUCUCGCUCGUGCUGACGGGGAGCUGGACGCUGUACGGCUGCGCCUCAUACUGGUCCACUCACUGUUCACUCCACUAUGAGGAUCAGGGUCUGUGGAGCGCGGCGGCAGGCCUGGUGGGCUGCUCGCCCUGGGUGCUCGCCGUCUUCCUGCUCUCUCUUUAUCACACCUGCUGGUCUACCUUGGUCUUGAUGAUCCAACUCUAUCAGAUUGCCGUCCUGGGAAUAACUUCAGCAGAAAUUACCACCUUAAGGUUCCAACAAAGGAAAUUCAGACAUUCCGGAUCUCUGAAACAGAAUCCUUUCAACAUGGGCGUGGUGCAGAACCUGGUGUCCUUCUUUCAGCUGCGUUGUUGUGGAUUCUUCAAGCCAGCUGUUACCGACUGGACACAGCCGGCGUCGCCACAGUGUGACCAAUUUUUGUUUGAUCAAACCAACAUGGUCUGACCUCCUCCUCCUCCUCCUCCUCCUCCUCCUCCUCUUCCUCCUCCUCCUCUCAGGGUCAGACUCUGGUUAUGGACCAAAAGCACAGAAUGUAUUUAUUUUUGUACAUGUUGGUUCCUAUCAAAGGGAAGCUGUGGUACUGUGGGAAUGUACAGCAACACGUGGACUAUCAACCAGCUGAUCUCGGUCCAGACUUCUGCUGCUGCCUUAUACUUGACCGACGUGAGGAAAGAGAACGUCACAUCCACGAACGAUGAGGAAGAACCGUUAAAGGCCUAAACUGUAUUUGGACGUAUGUGCUAUUUAUAUAUUGUGGAAAAUCUAAAGCCUAUUUUUAUUAUCCAUUCUGACGUUUAAAAACAAUCUUUGUAUGUGUAAGGUGGUUUUAUGACUUUUGUAAAAUUUGCAUGUGUUUAAUAACAACCACUAUGAAGCUUCAAUAAAGCAACUUUGUGCCUGUA